UAUAUACAUGGUUAGCUGUGCAGCCAUCAUUUCUUCAUGGAGUACUAUCAGUGACUACAACAGCCAAGUGAAACUUAAAGAUACCAGCGACAGUUUUGGAAAAUAUUCCGUCUUCCAGCUAGAUAGCUGCCUCACAAAUCAUUGGUACUUAAGAUGGAAACAAAGAGAACUGCAUUUUCUGCGGCUAUUCCUUUUCUUGAAUUGCUUGACAAACAUAAUUAUCCGGAAUGGACGAUUCGGGUGCAAACCUACUUGAAGGGUCAAGAUCUUUGGAAGGUCAUCAUUGACGAAGACGAAAAUGUACCUGAUUAUGAAAAUGAUGAUGUCGAUGAUAAUGGUGUCGACGAUGAUGAUGUUGCUGCUGCUAUUAACGUUUGGAGGAGGAGGAAUUACAUGGCAUUACAUGUGAUCCAGAUUUCAUGCGGUCUAGACGCAUUUGCCGAGAUUAGGAGCUUUCGUUCAGCCAAGACUGCUUGGCAAACUUUGGAAAAUAAGUAUAUGAUCGUGCUUGAUACCGGCAACAUUGACAAGAGCUAUCUUCAGUAUUCGGACUUGUACAGGGCUGUGCAUCGUUGUAAUUUGACUGCUGCAAAGGACUUCCUUGAUUAUCAACCGGAGGCAGUAAGCAAGGCAAUCACAAAUAAAGGCCAAACGGCUUUUCACAUUGCUGUUACUACUGGACAUGCCCAUAUAGUCAGGGAGUUGGUGAGUCGAAUGUCGACAGAAGACUUGGGAAUUGAAGAUGGUGAUGGUUACACAGCUCUAAUAACGGCUCUUGUGUAUGAAAGAUCCGAACUGGCGCUCUACUUGUAUCCUCUCACUUUGUUGAAUCAUGAUGAUCUGCUUGUAGAAAAAGGCCGCAAAGGAGCUAUGCUUCUCAACCAUGCCAUAUAUUCCAGAAAUUUGGAUCUUGCUUUGCAUUUAAUCCGGCAUUUCCCAAGUUUGACACAUGCUUUUGACGACCGCGGCGAGUCCCCCCUCUUAGCAUUGGCUUCUAUGCGGAACGCAUUUCCGAGUGGAAAUCGACUCGUCUUCUGGAAACAAUGGAUCUAUAACCUAGUACUUCUAUCCGAUAUUUGUCACGGACUUAAGAUUUGCUGGCCUUUUUUGCUGAGAGGUAUAUGCAUUCAUCCAUCAGCUCUUGCCACCACCAUUGAAACUCGUUUGAACACUCCCAACGUUGAAAGUGGCCGCCAACACAAUCAAGUUAUACAAAUGGAAUCAGGUAAUCAAUCGGCUCCAGCCACCUUUGAAACUCGUUUGCACAUUCCCAACGUUGAAAAUGGCCGCCAACGCAAUAAAGUAAUUACAAGGAUCAAAUCAGUGACAGCAGUACUGUUGCGCCGCCUAAUUUCAGUUGUUCUCUGCUUGUGGGCCGUGCCAGCAGUACUGUUGCGCUGCCUAAUUUCAGUUGUCCUCUACUUGUGGGCCGCGCCAGUGUUACGGCGCGAUCUAUCUUUAUCAAUUCAUGUCAGCGACUUGUUAGAGGCAAUUCUUCCACUUCUAGAGCGACUAUGGUCUAUAAAUUUGGUGCUACUAGUACUGUCGCUCCACCUAACUCCAAUUUUGUUGGCCGCAAUUGUGAAAGCAAUCGUGCAAUUGUAUGUAAUGAAGAAGCUCCAUAAACAAUCCCAGAAACUUCUUUCCUGCAUGUGUGAGGAGAUAUCAACAUCAUUUAUACAAACUGGACAGCUUGAAAACAUUGGUGGAGUUUGUGAUGCAAUCACCCUUGCUGUCAAGAAUGGGAUUUCCGAGUUUGUUCUUAAGGGAUGAUAGAAGAUUCCACUAUGCUCAAUCAAAUCUCCGGUGCAGCUCUACAGAUGCAAAGAGAAUUACAAUGGUUUAAGGUCAUAUCUCUCUCUCUCUAUAUGUGUGUGUCUCUAGCAUAUUUUCUUUUCCCUCACUUUUGAUAACUAAAUUUUUCUUAUUCUAAAAAGGAAACAAGAUACACAACAAACUCGAAACUACUAAACCAUAUUAAAUACUCGUGACAAUCCAUUUUUCGAGAACACAUCAUACCUGAACAUAUUAACUCACGUCUAACUUGUGAAAAGAAAGACUUAUAAUAAACGUGUGGAAUUCACAUUCUACAAUAGUCUCAUACAUGCAACACAGUACCCUAUAUCUAUAGUUAUACCCAUAGCCGAUCCGCUCCUUCAAAGGAGCGACGAUCCAUUAAAGAGCGAAAAAUUAUGCUUAUAAGCUUCUUAUUUACGCACCUAAUACAUCUUUUCCUUGUCAACUAGUGCAAAAGGUAUUGGUCUUUUAAAUCUUUUUAUAAUUGUAAUGGACCCCAUAAUAAGAAGUACGUUUAUACACUCUCUUAUGACCCAAGAGACUAAACAAGCAGUCACCUUAGGCAAAUGUACGGCUUUCUUCGUAUCAGUCACCUUGCACAACUUUUUAGAGAUAAAAUACAACAUAUGGCAUGCUAAAGGUAAAACCUGAUCAAUAUUUAAAUCAAAGUAGUUCCAAAAAGAAAGAACCGAAAAUUAAUAACCUUAGGCACCAACGCUCUAUAAGCUGGGCUAUAGCCUUUUAUCUGAAACGAACUUUUAGAGGAUUUAAAAGAAAAUCAGAGAUUCCGGGUGUAGAUCUUCGACGGUAGAGAUAUGAUCAUGAUGUCCAUGAACUUCUAACUUUUGAUCCUUCAUAUGAUAAAGAUAAAGGUAAGUGGUGAAUGAGAUUUCAUAUUAUUUAAAAAUGAGAAAUUCUUGCUCUUUAUAAAAUUUCAAUAGAACUUCAAUUGUAUCAGUGACUAAUUAUUUUGGAGUAUAAAUCAUAUAGUUCGGGCCUUCUAUUAGGACGUUACAAGUAAUACCAGAGCUUAUCCCAACAGUCAGAAAUAUAGGACUUGAGCUGUGUCAUCUACUACAGACAGACUUGAUAAGGAUAUCAGGGAUUUAAGGGUGAUACCCCAUAUGAUAAGGAUAAGAGUAGGUGAUGAAUGAGACCCCACAUUGUUUAGAAAGAAGAAGUUCUUGAUUUAAUUUAUAAGAUUUCAAUAGAGUUUCAAUUGUAUUAUUAAUUAAUCAUUUUAGAGUAUAAGUCAUGUGAUUUGAGCCUUCCAUGGUUGGGGAGUUACACAACCUCUCAUAGAUAAUCCACAAUAGUUAAUCCUCAUCACAACAUCUCUCUUCCCCUUGUUAGAAUUGGUCUUCUAAUCAUUCCCAGUCUUCUUAUCCUUUUCAAUUUACACAUUUAAAAUAUAAUAUAUCCGCGUACACACAAAAAUAAUUUAAAGAGAGCUGGCUAUUUUACCAUAGACUAGGUAGAUUAAGAAUAAUUUGAAAAUAUUUGUUACUUAAAAAAUUUCAAAGAAUAAACUCCAUUUUCAUAAAGCCAUAUAUAUAACCAACUAUAGCUAUCUCAAUCUAUUAUUAUUAAAAAACAAUUUAUGUUAUUAAGCCACAUCGUCUAGUACUCUUUAUUUGUGCUAUUGAUAUAUAACAUAUAGCAUCAAGUUAUGAAAUAAAAAGAUAAUAUAUAUCCAAUCAAAUUACUAACUUUUUUUUAAUACGAGCUCUAAAAUCUUCAAAGUAUGUAGUUUUAAAAGUAAAGAUUUUAUAUCAAAACGGCAUGUAUAUUUGGCUAGGUUUCUACUUUAUUUGAAGUUAAUAGUCAUUUAAUUUUCCUAAAACGUGCUUUUUAUUCGUCUUUUUUCCUUGGGCACCUAAUUUACUCGUCUUUUUUGUUCUCUUUUUUAAUUCACUUAAGCAAAGUUUGCAAUGUUUGAGAAUUAAGCAUGUUUGGAAACUGGGAGUAUCUUAAAAUUUUAAAAAUAAUAAUGAAAUGGUUCGAGUGAAUUUAUUUUAUUGAGUUUUUUAAAAUGAAUAAAAAUAUUAUAAAGUUAAAAAAUUGUUUGACUAUCAUUUUUAAUAUGAAUUUUGUUUUGAAGUUUGCAAAAGUUGUAUUAAUUUUUAUAUCUGAAUAAUGAUCAUUAUGUAAUGAUUAGAUAAAAGUGUUAAAAUUUUCUAACAUUACCCCUAGCUAUGCAGUUGAUUUUUGUUAGUUUUUUUUUUUUUAACAAAUGCAGCUUGUGGAGAGAAUUGUCAAUCCCAAGAUUAAAGAAAGUACUAACAAAAAUGGUUUAACCCCGCGACAACUGUUUACAAAGAACCACAAGAACAUGAGGGAGAAGGGAGAGAAAUGGAUGAAGGGUA